CACACACACACACACACACACACACAAACACACCUCCCACCUCCUCCGGUGGGAUCCCAGGGUGGAAGACAUCAUACCGCGGUUCAGGAGGUUGCAGGAGCCGGCCGCGUCAUCCCUGGAUGGGCGGCGCACUGACGGAGGACGGAGGGUGUUUUCCAGCUUUAAAAGCACCGGAGCCGGCCCCUCUGACAAACCGCGCUGCGUCAUCGACCUGGGGAGACUCUAGAAAACCUUCAGUGGGCUGAAGAAGGCUAAACUCACCUCAGCCACGGUCCCCUUAGCAGCGCUACCUGCGCCGCUCUCCAGAUCCACUAGUACAGCAUUUCUCCCCGUUUCACUUGGUGCGCAUCGGUUUGGUUCAACUUCACUGCGAAUUAUGUUUUCAUUUGGUGGUGUAUGAAGUGAACUAGCUUUUGCAAUUUUGUCAUCGACGUUGCUUAUUACAGCUUUACAGCCGGAGAAAGUUGCGCAUCGCUUGUUGAAUGCAGGAUACCUUCUGUUUGAGCGUCAAUUCCAAGUUCAGCUUUGGAGCAGCAGCCGGUAAGGAGCGGGCACUCCAGUUUCUCACCUCUCUCGCCGCCGAAAUGAAGUCUGCAGAAGAAGAUGCAUACAGCUACACACCAAAUGUCAGCCUGUCCCUUCCACUGGGCAUGGGAAACCCUUGUCUGGCCACCCAGUACCACACCUUACAGUCCAGUCCUAUCAUCUCAGUUUCUUCUUGCCACCAGACAGGCUAUAGCCUCCAAAAUGACAACCAUGCAGCAUCAGGCUAUUACCUGCCCCACGGCCUGAGACCCAACGGGGCUCCAGCCUUAGAAAGCCCCCGUAUUGAGAUCACUGCCUACAGCCAGUAUCCUGAAGAUGAGGUAGAAGAGAGCAACAGUGAGGACCACAUCAUCAAACGAGGCGUGAACUCCAUUGUGACGCUGACACUGCCCAAUCAAGACGGCUACCGUGAUCCCAGCUGCCUCAGCCCUGCGAGUAGCAUUUCCUCACGCAGCUGUAACUCUGAAGCGUCCUCCUACGAGUCCAGCUUCUACAACUAUGACAACUCCCCACAGAACUCCCCUUGGCAGUCGCCCUGCGUUUCUCCCCGAGGCUCUUCCUCACUCUUGUCCUGCCCACAUGCCAGUGGCCCUGCAGCCUCCCCUCACCAUUCGCCCUCCACCUCCCCUCAGAUAGGAGCUGUUGCCGAAGAAGGCUGGCCAGCUCAACCUCGUGGCUCCAGGCCAAAUUCCCCCUCCUGCAGCGGGGGCGGUGGAGGCAACGGCGGCGGAGGCGGCAUGGGGAAGAGAAAGUACAGUUUCAAUGGCGCCCCCUACCGUCAGACAUCCUGCUCACCCAACCAGUCUCCCACCCCAUCCCCACAUGGCUCCCCCAGGGUUAGCGUCACAGAUGAGAACUGGCUCGCCAAUGCCAACCAGUACACCAACUCUGCCAUUGUGGCCGCCAUCAAUGCUCUAACCACAGACGGAGUGGUAGAUAUGGGAGAGGGAAUCCCAAUCAAGACACGUAAGACCAUGGUGGACCAUUCACCCUCCAUGAGCCUCAAGGUGGAACCUGGCGGUGAGGACCUGUGUGUCGAGGAGGAGCUCUGCCAUGAGGACUAUCCCUCCCGCCUAGCCCUCAAGAAGGAAAACUACUGUGGAGGGUUCCUGGAUGUGCCCCAGCAUCCGUACUCCUGGUCUAAACCCAAGCCUUACCUCAGCCCGUCUCUGCCAGCUCUCGACUGGCAGCUUCCAUCCUGUUCCGGACCGUACAGCCUACAGAUUGAGUUGCAGCCAAAAUCCCACCACAGGGCCCACUAUGAGACUGAAGGCAGCCGAGGGGCAGUGAAGGCCUCGUCUGGAGGACACCCCAUAGUACAGCUUUAUGGCUACAUGGAAAGCGAGCCGCUCACCCUGCAGCUGUUCAUAGGGACCGCAGACGACCGCCUCCUGCGACCACAUGCCUUCUACCAGGUCCACCGCAUCACCGGCAAAACCGUCUCCACCGCCAGCCAUGAAGUCAUGCAAUCCAACACCAAACUUCUGGAGAUCCCUCUGCUGCCUGAAAACAACAUGAGAGCCAUAAUUGAUUGUGCAGGGAUCCUGAAGCUGCGCAACUCAGACAUUGAGCUUCGCAAAGGGGAAACAGACAUCGGACGUAAAAACACACGUGUGAGGUUGGUGUUUCGGGUGCACAUCAAUCAGCCCAACGGCAGGACAGUAUCCCUACAGGCUUCCUCCAAUCCCAUUGAAUGUUCCCAGCGCUCAGCUCAGGAGCUUCCCUUGGUGGAGAAGCAGAGUGUGGACAGUUACCCUGCCAGCGGAGGCAAAAUGAUGCUCCUGAGCGGUCUCAAUUUCCUCCCUGACUCCAAGGUGAUGUUCGUGGAGAAGGCCCAGGAUGGUCAUCAUCUGUGGGAGACAGAAGCCAAAGUUGACAAGGACUCCGUCAAAUCUAGUUCACUCGUCGUGGAGAUCCCUCGGUACCGGAACCAGAGAAUAUCCAGCCCGGUGCAAGUAAACUUCUACGUCUGCAAUGGCAAGAGGAAGAGGAGCCAAUACCAGCGCUUCACCUACUUGCCUCCUAAUGUGCCGAUAAUAAAGACAGAACCCAGUGAUGAAUAUGAUUCUCUGGGGACUGCAGGGCUAUCCAUGCAUUCAAAGCCCUACUACAGCCAGCCCAGGCUCACUCCCAUCAUGCCUGUAGCUGAUCCUGAUGCCUGCCUGGUCGGUGGCUACCCUCCCUGCCCGCCUCGCCAUGCUGCCAUGCCGUCAUCAUCUCCCAGUUCCAGCCCCACCCUGCAUGACUUGUCCCCUGUGGCAUACAGCAAGUGCCUCCCCCACAGUCCUACCCAUGCAGCACCACCGGGCCCCUUGGUGCCCGCCAUCCAGGAGACCCCUGGUCGCUCAACCCUUACACACCCAGCAUCUCCAGACCACAGCCCAACCCUAGGAAUGCUCCAUUCCCAAGGAAGCCCCAACCACCUCAACAGCCCAGGACCCCAUGGUUUCAACCCUAUCUAUGCCAACAGCAGCCCCUCGUCCUCCCCGGUUUCCCACCCUUCCACUCCCGGUGGGGCUGUGGAGAGUCCGUUCGUUCAGGCCUACAGCCCCAGUCAGGCAGCCCAGGCUGGAGGGAGCUCACCAAGCCUGCUCCGUGAAGAUUCCAGCCCCCCUUCGAUGGCCAUCACCGUCAAACAGGAGCCCCAGGAACUGGACCAGAUGUACCUAGAUGAUGUUAACGAGAUCAUCAGGAACGACCUCUCCAGCAUUUCCGUGCACACUCAUGCAUAGACGUCCUGAAGUCUUCUGCAGCAGCAGCAGCACACACACACACACACACACACAUACACACACACACACAGCAUCAUCAUCAUCUACAAAAAGAGGACAAAAAAGAAAAAAAAAAUAGAGAUCCAGAUGAUAAAGAAUCAAUUUGUGACCAGGAUCUCCCACCUGUCAUUUUUGCCAUCAGCUCCUCCUCAUCUGCAGCUAGCUCAACUAGCUGCAGAUUAACAUUGACAAUCACUGGCAAACUGCAUUUGAAUAAACAAAUGAAUGUUAUAUUUACAAAAGGGAAGUGAUAUCAGGGGCAAAGUAUACGACUACACUUGCCUUAAUUCACAGCAGAUGUUCUUUAGUGGACCAAACAGCUCAAUGAGACUGAAUUACUCUUCUAUUGUUGUCAAAUGACAAUCUUCAUUUUGAGUGUGAUCUGUAUGUUAAUGCAUGGACAAGCUAAUGGGACAAUUACUGUCAUGCUUCAUCACUUUGGUUCAUUUGUUUGUGCAGUCAGUCCGCAACAACAACCGAAUUGGUGCCUUACAGCAGCGAUAUUGACAGCCAACAACAGCAGCAGUCACACAAAAUGCAAAUGUCCAUGGUUCAUUGUAACCCAAAGUGGAAGAUUUAUAUGACAUUUUUGUAUCAUUUCAAUGAUUUGUUUACAGGGAAACAGAAUAAAAGGCUGGAAAAUAUGUAGGGAGUAUGUGAAUAGAUUAGAAUUGUAUUUUUUCUUGGUUCCUUAUUAUCUCAUUGUUCAUUUAUACUGAAUGUUAUGUAUGAUAUUCUUUUGUAUAAACAUGUAUUUGAAAUUUUACUUAUGUAUGCCUUAUGCUUAUAUCAUGCAGUUUGCUAGUUAGCUCUCCCUUUUUUUUUCAUUUUUCAUCCCUGAUAUGAUUUAUACCAUUUCUACUACCCUGCAUUAUGCUUUUCACCUUAGUGCCUAUUUUUUUAUCAUCCUGCCCAAGUCUUCCAGUCCUCCACCCAGACCAUGACAUAAUGAUGCACAGACAAUCAGUGAAAAUAUAUAGUACAUAUCCUAGGACAACAGUUCCUGGCUGGCAGGAGCUUAUAAAGGCAGGUAUCAGAGUUUUCUUCUCCCCCAGCUAUAAGAUAGUUGAACAAUGGUAUGCUUACCUGCUGAAUUUAAAUGAGAAUACUCCUGGACAAUAUAUAUGUCUGUUACUUCUUGCACUGCAGGUCUGCAUGUAAAUAGGCACAGGGAUAAUCUAAGUAUGCCACAGGCUCAGUUUUACUCGUCAUCUGGGUGAUUCAGCUGAGGAGUUGGCAGGACUGUUACUUACAGCUGGCAAUAAUUGAUCUGUGUAAACCAAAGGAUUUUAUCUUUGGUGAAAUUAUUGUCCAAGUUUCCUUUUUCUGUCAGAGACUUUAACUUAGAGUGGUUCCCCAUACAAAAACAUUAUGCACUUUACCGUAGAAACAGAGCAGGGUUUCUUGCUUCCAGACCAAAUAUUGUAGAUUGAUUUCCACUGUCGUGUCAUAGAAGUACAUCGACUCUUCUUUCAUACAUCUGCAGUCUUUUCCGUGUUAUUUGUCUUUUGGAGCAUGCACACCGACCUAAUGUUGGGGAUCAUUUAGCUGACAAUAGCUUUCAAUAUAGCUUCCUAAUACAUUUUUGGACAUAUAGUAUAAUAGCAUGACUAAACUGUAUGAAUAAGGUUUCUAUUUUGUGCCUUACUCUCUUUCUUGGCUACAAGAUCGUUGCAACUCUCUAUUGCUUUUCUGUGACAAAAGGUGAAACGUAUCUCUUUAAUAUGAAAUAUUUAUGAAAAAUGAAAUGUGUUUUAAGUGCAUUUAAUGUGUUCUCAACAAUGAAUUAAUAAAUGACAUAAU